AUGUCAGACUCCGAAGAAACUACAGGGACACCUGUGGCCUCACAAGCUUCACCUCCUUUGCCGUCUCAGCCAAGCGUCGUAAUGCAAGCGGCUCCCCUUAUACAAGGUAUCACACCGCCAAAACAUCUAGAUACCACUACUAACACAGCUGAAAACUGCAAACACUUCAAGCAGAUCUGGGAAAAUUAUGCUAUCAUCACAAAUCUUACUGGCCAAACGGAACAGUACAGGGUCCUGUUAUUUUUUCACUGCCUGGGUCCAGACGCCAUGAAAAUUUACAACGGAAGGCAGUUUGCCAAUGAGACGGAUUGCCGCACCUUAUCCAAAAUUAUUCAGAAAUUUGACGAGUUUACUAUCGGAGAAGUCAAUGAGACCUACAAACCCUUUAUCUUUAACGGUUGA